AUGAAUUCUUUGUUGCCCUCUUAUCAGAAAAAAAAUCUGAGUCAAACACACAAAAAUCUGAGUCAAGCCAUUGCGGAUUUGAAGCAACUCUUCUCACUUGCUGAAAAGUUUGGUUAUUCUGAGUGGAUACAGUUUGAUGCAUCCGUUGUACGUGGUCUGGCUUAUUACACUGGUAUCGUCUUCGAGGGAUUUGAUCGAAAAGGAAAGCUGCGAGCUAUAUGUGGUGGUGGAAGAUACGACAGAUUACUCUCCACUUAUGGAGGUGAUGACAUCCCUGCUUGUGGUUUUGGUUUCGGCGAUGCUGUAAUUGUUGAAGAGAAGGAUUUGCUGCCAGAAUUGGGGCAAGAGGUAGAGAACAUUGUGUGUGCUUUGGACAAAGAUCUCCAAGGAGCUGCAGCCACGGUUGCAACCGCUCUCAGAAGCAAAGGCCAAACCGUUGAUUUGGUAUUGGAGUAUAAACCACUGAAAUGGGUAUUCAAGAGGGCUGAUCGAGUAAAGGCAAGAAGGCUGGUUCUGGUUGGGAAGAAAGAGUGGGAAGAUGAUGGUUCGUUGGAGGAAUGGUUCGAUUUGAAAAGACGAGAAAGAGACAAAAAGAAAAAGAAGUGA